CUCGUGCACUGACAUGCGGACAGCACGUUGUGGUGUGGUACUAUCCACCCCAACGCCUGGGCUGUCUCCGCAGCCUCAUGCCAAUGGCCACCACCUCUAUAAACCAGGACGCAAUUUUGAACUGGGCAGCAGCUCAGAUAACUUCGAUGGCUACUGGACUUUGCGAGAACUGCCAUAAGACGCCGAAAUUCGGUACUCAUAAGUACUGUGGCAAAACGUGCGCCACUCAGGCGGCCACUGUGCACCAACCUGCGCCUCGUGCGAAACCAGGACCACAUCCCAAAGCCAAAGUUCCUCCACCAGCCCAAAAACCGGGACGGCUCUGCGACUAUUGUGGGCAAAAGCCGAAGUUCAGUAAUUUUGAUUACUGCGGUAAAUCAUGCGCGUCGAAAGCCGCUACCGUUCCUCCUGCGCAACCUGCUGUGCAUGGACGAUCUGUUCCAAAGCAAGGCGUUCGCCUUCCUGCCACUGCUCAGCCUAUCAAAACUUCUAAAUCGGCAAUGCAUCACGCAGUGACCAAAGAUGGGUCCAGCGAGGAUGACGACGACGAAUACGCUGAUGCUGAUGAGGAAGUCGAAGACGAUACAGGCACGGACCUAGACGACUAUCCAUCAGAUGAUGAGGAAGAACCUACUCCAGCUCCUCCGUCACGACCAGUCAAGACUGCGCAUGCUUCGCUGAAACAAAGCACCUCAGCCCGUCAUGUUACUGGUACCUGUCUUGUCCCCAACUGUGGCAAACCGUCUUUUGUUGAUAGAGGUGGGGUGAAGACAGAUUACUGCUCCACACGGCACCGAGAAGAAGCAGUGACCCUCGGACUGGUUCCUGGAUGCAUUAUGUGCCAACGCUACCCACAGACUGGGACAGAUUACUUCUGUUCCACCGCUUGCAGAAAUCAGUCCAUGACGAAAGUCUAGACGGCUGUGUGAAUAUUCUGACUGUUCUGUACAUUACGUAGGUGUAACAUUUAUGUUAGGCUCGUGAUGGAGCUAUUUGUUAAUAAUGCGGAAUUCUGUAA